GGCGGGCGCUUGCCAACAUGUGACACAGAGCAUCUCACCCAUCCUACCACUCCGGAGGUAAACUCCAACACAGACUCAACUUCAUGCGCUCGCCUUCUCCAUCGGCUCCGUCUAUUUUCUGUCUUUUUUUUUCUUUUUUUUUUUUACUCAUCUUCUUUUACUUCUUCCUCUCCCUAACGAGCCCUGUAAUGUCCUGUUAAUUCUGUGUGCGCUAGUUAAUGAGCAUUAAUCCGUCACCCCUGGAUGCUAUUGUUGCAGCGGGGGAUGGCCAUUUGAAUGCAAAUGCGUGACACUGUGACAGCAAGGUGCUUAUUAAAGUGAUGAGCGCUGCUGUGCGCUGUACCGGGGGACCAGCGGAGUGAGAGCAGCGGAGCGGGGUAGCAGGAGGAGCGGGGCGGACUGGAGGAACUUCUGCUCUGCUGCAAAACUAACAAAAGAACAACUUACUAACAAAAAAACAGCAAGAACAUCAGCAAAGAAAUGGCAAGUUCUGCGUCCCUGGAGACGGUGAUGUCCUGCGGUAGGACCGGGCCGUCCGCGGCCCCAAAGAGCCUCGCCUUCUCCAUAGACCGGAUCAUGUCCAAGGGCUCGGAGCCGAGGGGCGGCGGAGAGGAGCGGCCGGAGGGGAGGAAGCUGCUGGGGCUCUGCUCCCCGAUCCCCUGCAUGAUCCCGCUGCAGCCCUUCAGCUACGACCUGCAAGCCAAGGCGCUGAUGAACUACUCGGAGCUGUGGAGAGCCAGCUUCCGAGGGACUUUCUGCGGCUCCGCGGCCGCUCCGUGCAAAGCCAGCUGUGGCAUGUGCGCCAAGGUGGAGGCGGGCGUGAAGCAGCCGGGCCGGGUGGUGAAGCCGCAGGUGAUCCAGCAGGCCGUGGCCGUGCCCAGCGGCGUCGGCGGCGGCGGCGGUGGAGGCUCGCUGUACUAUCUCAACUACCUGGACUCUGCGUACCAGCAGCAGUCGGAGCUGCUGGCCGGACAUUGGUUCUCCAGCCCGCAGGCCCACGCUUCUCUGUCGGCGCACCACAGACUCUUGCUGCUGGAGAACGCAAAGCUCGCCGGGGCGGGUGCCGAAAAGCUGCCCACGCCGCAGUACCCGCACAAGGAGCAUCUGCCGGGGCAGCUGGACCAGAUAGUGAAGGACAGCCACGGCCUGAGCCCCGAGAAGAGCGGCGCCAAGACGCACAGCAAAGUCAGCGGCGGCAGCGGCGCGGACGGGAAACCCAAAAACUUCACGUGUGAAGUGUGUGGAAAGGUUUUUAACGCGCAUUACAACCUGACCAGACACAUGCCGGUGCACACCGGGGCCCGGCCCUUCGUCUGCAAGGUGUGCGGGAAAGGCUUCCGGCAGGCCAGCACGCUGUGCAGACACAAGAUCAUCCACACACAGGAAAAGCCUCAUAUGAAUGGUGUUCAUUGUUCCUUUUGUUUUUGUCAUCGCCCAGGAAACUACAAGAACCACAAGCUGACGCACAGCGGGGAGAAGCAGUACAAGUGCUCAAUCUGCAACAAGGCCUUCCACCAGGUGUACAACCUCACCUUCCACAUGCACACGCACAACGACAAGAAGCCCUUCACCUGCGCCACCUGUGGAAAAGGCUUCUGCCGCAACUUUGACCUGAAGAAACACAUCCGGAAGCUGCACGACAGCGUCUUCUCGCCAGCCACAAACGCCUCCAGAGAGCCCCAGAGCUGAGGCACGCUGCCCCUUUCCCGCCAGAAUGCAUUUCAAGAAUAUUCCGCCUGGGACUGUUGGCCCU